UAAAAUUAUUUAUGAUUACGAUUAGCAAACAGUAAUGGCUUCAGGAAUGAGUCGAAACGAUGAGCAAAACAUUAGUGUUAAACCCCAGUUUGGUACUAGAUUUUUGACAGAUUCACAAAAUGUGUUUCAACAUAAUGCUUGGUGCUGAUAACAUAGAAGUUGCAUGGCAACUGGAAAGCAUUGCUUUAUAGCUUUCAGCAGUGCUUUCUCCUCAUCAGAACCUAUCACUAACUCACCAAAGCUGAUUUCGGUGUAGAUGUCAUCGUCGAGCUUCAUCCUCAUAUGGGAGAAAAAGUGUUGAUAUGUUGAACAUUCUCCAUCCCAGUACUGGCCCAUACAUUUACGUGUGUACUACCUGUAAAUCUACUGGAUGUGCUUCAAGAGAAUGAUUCUCAACCUCAAAAAGUCGGUGCUUCUCACCAGACCGGUGUGUGCAGUUCUCAAGUUUGCAGUUAAAGCUCCCAAACAUAUUUACGUUGCUGAAGCCAGCUGUCGUCAGUAUUGUGAUAAAAUGCUCCGAACACUGGUUAGCUCAACCACUGUAGAGAAUCUCGGUCCUAAUAGACAGCGACCUCUUACAGAUCCGCCUCGAGUCUGGGAGUUCAAUAAUUGGGACAAUGUUGUUUGGGACAGUGAGCAGGAAGAUGAGGCUAGGAAGAAAACUGAAGAACAGGCCGAUAAUAUGGCGCCAGAAGAUGACGUAGUUUUAUAUGAAGAAAAAGCUGGCCAAUUCUGGGAUGAGUUUUACAAUGUGCACACUAACAGAUUUUUCAAAGACCGCCACUGGUUAUUUACGGAGUUUCCUGAACUCUACACCAAAAAAUGUGAGCCAGAAAGCCAGCCAUCAGUAAAUGACAAAGACCAAACCGAGACCCCAUGUCUUUCUGAACCUGAAAACUGUGAGACAGAUAACAGUUCAGAUAACCCCUGUGGCCACUUAAUGUCAGAAUGUCACUCUGGUAAGGACAACUCUGUAUGUGAAAGAGAUUUGGAGAACAGUGGUGUGAAUGAUAUGACUGAGAAAGUGGGACAUGUUCAUAUAAAUGAAGGCAUCUCCCAUUUCCCUGGAGAAAAUGCAAAGUUUAGAAUUCUUGAGGUUGGCUGUGGUGUUGGCAAUACAGUGUAUCCAGUUUUACAAACCAAUAAUGAUCCUGACCUCAUGGUAUACUGCUGUGAUUUCUCCCCAACUGCUAUCCAGUUAGUUAAAGAACACCUGGACUAUGACCCCGCCCACUGUCAUGCCUUUGUUUGUGACAUCACAGCCGACAGGCUGGAGAUGCCGUUUCCGGAAAACAGUCUCGAUGUUGUUAUUAUGAUCUUUGUCUUGUCGGCCAUUAACCCACAAAAAAUGCAGGCUGCGGUCGACUAUCUAGCAAAGUCCUUGAAGCCUGGAGGACUGAUUCUGUUUCGUGACUACGGAAGAUAUGACUUGGCACAACUGAGAUUUAAAAAAGGUCGGUGUCUGUCUAGAAAUUUCUACGUAAGAGGAGAUGGAACAAGAGUAUACUUCUUUACUCAAGACGAGCUGAAGUCAAUGUUUGAGAAAGCUGGCCUUGUUGAAGUUCAGAAUCUGAUUGACAGAAGGUUACAAGUUAACAGAGGGAAACAACUCAAAAUGUACCGAGUGUGGAUUCAGUGUAAAUACAAAAAACCUGAACAGCAUGAACCAUCAAGUUGACAAACAGCUGUUUAAUAGAAAGAAAAAAAACUUACAUCAGAUAUAAAUUUGGUUUUAUUGAUAAAAAAACAACAAUCUUUAUAAUUAUAUUUAUUGUGGAUCAAUUUUAAACAAGUGUAAUAGUUUAAUAAAAAAGAUUUUACAAUAUAA